AUGUCAGCAUCUAAUACUCCAAACCGUAUACGUCAUACACCUAAAACAACUCGUGCCUAUGAAUCAAGUGAUGGUGGUACACCAAGUCCAGCACGUUUUCGUUCAAAACGUUAUUGUACUAAUGAAACAAAUGAAAAUUCACCACGACGUAAUAAAUAUCAUCCGUAUUCAGCUUCAAUACAUUUUGAUGAAAAUGCUAAUGAUCCAUUUCAUGAUGAAAAUCAACGAACAUCAAGUAAACCAUCAACACCAAAUAAUCGUCCGAAUAGACUAAAUAUAAAAAAUGAAGAAAGACCAAAAACACCGAAACCUAGUUUUGAAGAAGAACAACAAGAAUUACAAAAAACUUUAUCAAAAGAUUGGUGUGAUAAAAUGGAUAAUGAAGAAGCUGAAGAAAAAAAAUUACAUAGUUUUGUACUUUAUUUAAAACAAUUUUCUGUUCAUGAAAAUAAAACAACUGAAGAAAUUCUUUCAUCUAUUGAAUGUUGUCCAAAAGAACUUUUACGACGACAGAAAGAUAUAAGUAAAGGAAAAUUAUCUAAAGCAUAUCAAACAUAUAUAUCGACUAUACCACGAAAAUCUCGUACAAGACAACAUCCACGUACGCCAUGCAAAUAUGCAAAAAUGUCUCGACGUGGUUUCGAUGGAGCUAUUAAAGCAUGGCGUCGAAAACUUCAUGAAUUUGGCACAGAUAAAACAAAAGAAAAUGGUAGUAAUAAUAAUAAUGAAGAUGAUACAAUAUCAUUAUCAUCAUCUCAACGUAGUGAUGGUUAUUCAACACCUUCAUCAACAUCAAUAAGCAUGGAAGAUAUUGAUGAAAAUUUUCUACCCGAUUUAUAUGAUUUUGAAGAAUCACUUACAAUUAAUCCAAAUAAUGAAUCUAAAUUUAAUUCAGUUAUUGAUUUAGAUGUAGCUGAUUCAAUGGAUACAAUUGUUAAUAAUGUUGAUUCACGUUCAGCUAUGGCAUUAGAUUAA